GUCUGGUUAUCCAAGUUUUCUACUCUGACCAUGUUUUCAACUUCUGAAGGCAUUUGAAAGCUGCUACAAUCCACACCCUUUGUCAGUUCAACUUGACCAUGUUUUCAACUUUACAAAUUGGCUUGAAAAACAUAUUGAAAAAAUUGAGGGACAUUCCAACCCACACUGUUAUAAGAUUAGUAAAGACCAAGAUGGAAAAACCAAACUUUACUUCAAAAAUUGGUCUACAGACAAGGAUUGGACAGAUGCAACAGCAGAGAAUGCCCUUUUGAAAACAUCUCCAAUGGACACAUCAUCACUUGUUAAGCCAACAUUGGACUUAGUAGAUUUAGGAAAGGUUGAGGACUCAAUAAAAAAAUGCAUUGACAAGAGGUUUUUAACAAAUGAAGAUGACAUUGCUUGGUGGAGACAGUUUUUAGCAAAGUCAAAAGCCAAUGAUGAUAAUCAAACAGUUGACUGGCCCUUACCAGAAAUACUACUAUCUAAAGAAAUACGAAGAUUAGGGGAAAUUCGGUCUGAAGUUCAGGAAUUUCAGGAUAUAGUGGAAAUACCUGUAGAGGUCACAAUUGGGAAAAAGAAAAGAAAGAAGUAAAGAAUUUAUGAAUGGUUGACAUGGUUGAUGCUAAGGAUGUUCCUCUUUUUCUUGAAUUUUUUGCCAGAUUUUCUGAAUCCUCUGGUUGUAUCCAUGUAUUGCCAUUAACAAAAAUUGCCAACUAACCCCUACUUUUGUUCCAUAAUUUUAUUACAUAAAGUUUAAUAAGUCAUAUUUCAAAAUCUUAUAAAAUCCUUGUAAUUUUUUUCGUAUUUUUUUAAAACAAAUAAUGUGCCAAUGUUAAAUGUUAGAAAAAUCUAGAGAAAAUUAUUUCCCAAAGUCUUUUCAACGGCUUACAAAUCCAAGCACACAGCCCCUCCUUUUUUCAGCUUUUUUAGUUUAGAAUUAUAUCCUUGUACUAUCUUUUCAUAACAGUCAUUUGAAAAGUUUGUUAUUUUCAAAUAGAGUAGCGAACAUCCUUAAGUUAUUUUUGGUGACUCAGUCAUCAAGGUCAUAUGAUAUGUUUUGCUGUACUAAAAUGUGAAAUGACAUCAAUGCUUUACAUGCUUUAUUUAUUUAAUUGUCUGUAAUAUGUGUUAUGAAUUUUUUUAUUUUGUACUUUGAUGAUUCUGGGUUAAAUGAAGGAUUAAGGAGGCUCCUGGGUAUAAUUCAAAUUUUUUUUCUUGUAUAGGAUUUCGCUAUAUUUUUUUUAUAAAUGAACUUUAUCGUGUACUUAAAAGAAAAAUGAAAUAAAAAAAUAAGGUCACUGUUCAUUUAAGCGCACAAUCUGCCUCCAUAAAAAGCAUACAUUUUUGUUAAUGUCCUUUUUUUCUGUUGAACUAAUAAUAAAAAAUAGAGAUAAUAUAGAAAUAAGAAAAUAACCUUAUUACAAAAAUCAUUCAAAUUUUACAAUUAUUUAGUUUAUGCACAGCUUAUUUGAAAACAAUAAUAAAAAAUAUAGGUCACCGAUGAGUUAAAAAAGAUAUUUCCAGUCUGAAUGCCAAAAAAAAUCCAUUUUUGCACCAAAGGGAGAUAAUUUAAGCUUUUUCAAUGAUAAAAACAUUUUUAAAAAUCUUCU